GCGGCAGUAACACGACUGUGGUCUCUCAGCAGACGGACUGGCAAGAGAUCCUUGCUCAUUGUUGGAAAGUUGUUCCAUGGUGAAGGCCUAGACUGGGCCACGGAGACUUCUGGAUGCAGCCUUUGACAAAGGACACAGGCAUGAGCCUGGCUUCUGUGACACUGGCCAGUGCCCUGCAGGUCAGGGGCGAAGCUCUGUCUGAGGAAGAACUCUGGUCCCUCUUGUCACUGGCUGCUGAGCGGCUCCUGGAAGACCUUCACAAUGAUUCCUCGGAUUAUGUGGUUUGCCCCUGGUCAGCCCUGCUUUCCGCAACUGGAAGUCUUUCUUUCCAAGACCGUGUUUCUCACAUAGAAGCUGCUCCUUUCAAGGCCCCUGAGUUGCUACAGGGGCAAGGUGAGGAUGAGAUGCUUGAUGUGUCACAGAUGCAUGUCUAUUCUUUAGGAAUGACUCUCUACUGGACAGCAGGGUUUCAUGUCCCACCAAACCAGCCCUUGCAGCUCCAUGAGCCCUUGCACUCCAUCCUUCUGACCAUGUGUGAAGACCAGCCCAGCAGGCGGCGGCCACUACAGUCAGUUCUGGAAGCUUGUCGAGUCCAUCAGGAAGAAGUGGCUGUGUGCCCAGCCCCUGCCCGUCUCCACAUCAGACGACUGGUGGGCCUGGUUCUGGGAACCAUCUCUGAGAUGGAGAGAAGAGUUGUGGAAGAAAGCACCUGCAUGCAGCAGAGCCGAAGUUACCUGCUCAGGAAGAGGCUGCAAGGGACAAGCAGCGAGAGCCCAAUGACACCGGCCCUGGAGUGUCUGAAUCUUCGCAGAGUUUCAGACAGAAGUACAGAGACCCAGAGCUCCCUGGAGCCAUGCUGGAGUACUUCAGCACACAGUCGCUGCAGCCUCUUUGUUAACAGCACUCUUGCAGGUACAUUUCCCCAUGACCAGCAGGAGGGUCAACGGCUCAGCUCUAGGUCUGUGCUCUUGGCAGAAGCAGGAAGUUCACAGCUAGCAGCUCCUUCUCAAAGGAAUUUCCUGCAAAGAAAGAAAAAGUUUUCCAGGCCGGAGUUCCUACUACUGGCUGGAGAGGCCCCAGUGACCCUACAUCUACCUGGAUCAGUUGUGACCAAAAAAGGGAAAUCCUACUUGGCUCUCAGGGACCUCUGCGUGGUCUUGCUGAGCGGGCAGUGUCUGGAGGUGAAAUGUGAUAUCGAGUCCACAGUGGGAGCUGUCUUCAAUGCUGUCAUGUCCUUCAUCAAUCUUGGGGAGAUCACCUACUUUGGCUUGGCUUACCUGAAAGGCAAAGAGUUCUUUUUCCUGAACAAUGAAACAAGAUUGUGCAAAAUAGCCCCUGAAGGCUGGAGAGAGCAGCUCCUGAAGACCUCCAUGGACACCUUCACACUCUUUCUGAGGAUAAAGUUCUUUGUCAGCCACUGUGGGCUGCUACAGGACAGCCUGACAAGGCAUCAGUUUUACCUGCAGCUUCGUAAAGAUAUCCUUGAGGAGAGGCUGCACUGCAACGAUGAGACACUGCUACAGCUGGGGGUCCUCGCCUUGCAGGCUGAGUUUGGCAAUUACCCUAAGGAGCAGACAGAAAGUAAGGCAUAUUUUCGAGUUGAAGAUUACAUCCCAGCAAGCCUGAUAGAGAGAAUGACUGCUCUCCAGGUCCAAGUCGAAGUCUCAGAGAUGCACCGGCUCUGUUCUGCACCAUGGGGAGAGGAUGCUGAACUGGAGUUCUUGAGGAUCAUUCAGCAGCUCCCAGAAUAUGGAGUGUUGGUUCACCAGAUUUUCCCAGAGAAAAAAAGGCCAGAAGAGGAGCUGGCUUUGGGCAUCUGUGCUAAAGGUGUCAUAGUAUAUGAAGUGAAAAACAACAGCAGAAUUGCAGCUUUGCGGUUUUGGUGGAGAGAAACUGGGAAGAUCUCAACUUAUAGGAAAAAGUUCACCAUCACCAGCAGUGUCACUGGGAAAAAGCACACAUUUGUCACUGAUUCAGCCAAGACAUGUAAAUAUUUACUGGGCCUCUGUUCUGCCCAGCAUGGGUUUAAUGCGCAGAUGGGCUCUGGGCAGACUCUCCAUCUUUCAGCUGAUCGGGAUAAGUUUGUGCAAAUGGCAAAUUCAAGCCCUGCCCAGCAGGCCCAGUCCAAGCCUCUUACAUGGAUUCAGAGAUUGUCAUGCUCAGAAAAUCAGUUGUUCAUACCGAGGUUGCAGGACACCAUAGGCGGCCUGCUGAGUGCGUCACUGGAGAACUUCAACUUGGAAACCAAUAAGGAGACUGGUACAGAAGGAAUCAGAGACAGCCCUUGCCCUGGCCAGGAGCAGCUGAAUAGCACCUGUUUGAUCCAGAAGUCAAUGACCUGUGGCCCACUUUCUGGACUGCCUUUUCAGACUAUAAACACAGGGUUCCAGAAUAACAGAAGAAAGAGUGUCAGUGCUGAACCUGGUCGAGAAAUCGUGCAUGUGACACUGAAGCGUGACCGCCAUCUUGGUUUUGGUUUUGUCAUUAAUGAGGGUGAAGACAGAGGCCAAUCUAACCCUGGCAUUUUUAUAUCUUCUAUUAUUCCUGGAGGACCAGCAGAAAAAGCGAAAACAAUUAAACCAGGAGGGCAGAUAUUAGCCUUGAAUCACAUUAGCCUGGAGGGCUUCACAUUUAACAUGGCUGUUAGAAUGAUUCAGAAUUCUCCUGACAACAUAGAAUUAGUCAUUUCUCAAUCAAAAGGUGUUUGUGGAAAUAACCCCUGUGAAGAAAAGAGUAGCACUGGGGUCUUCUCUACCAACAACCUGAGCAACCAGGGAAACCAGGGAAGUCUAUCAUCACAUACACAGGACCAAGACAGAACUAUUGGAGAGCUGAAAGUGGCUCAGCUACCGAGCUCAAUGCCUCAGCUUUCCUCUCUGCCAUUAAAGGGCUCUUCUUGUCCUCCAUCACCUUCAGAAACCAAUACUGAUAGAAUCUACUUUGUGGAGCUGGUUAAAGAAGAUGGAACACUUGGAUUCAGCGUGACUGGUGGUAUUAACACAAGUGUGCUCUAUGGAGGAAUCUACGUGAAAUCCAUUAUUCCUGGAGGCCCAGCUGCCAAGGAAGGACAGAUCCUUCAGGGUGACCGACUCCUGCAGGUGGAUGGAGUAAGUCUGUGUGGCCUCACCCACAAGCAGGCUGUACAAUAUCUCAAGGGUCCUGGGCAGGUUGUAAGACUGGUGUUAGAGAGAAGAGGCCCCAGGACUGUGCAGCAGUGCCCUUCUGCUAAUGACAAGAUGGGAGAUGAACAUGCGGCUGUUUCCUUGGUAACAGCCCUGCCUGGCAGGCCUGUGAGCUGUGUCUCGGUGACAGAUGGUCUUAAGUUUGAAGUCAAACUGAAAAAGAAUAUCAAUGGUUUGGGAUUCAGUUUUGUGCAGAUGGAGAGAGAAAACUGCAGCCACCUCAAGAAUGAUCUCGUGAGGAUCAAGCGGCUAUUUCCAGGGCAACCAGCUGAGGAACAUGGAGCCAUUGCAGUUGGUGACAUUAUCCUGGCAGUCAAUGGAAGGCCCACAGAAGGCCUUGUCUUCCAGGAGGUACUCCAUUUACUGCGAGGGGCACCACAGGAAGUCACACUCCUCCUUUGCCGACCCCCUCCAGGUAUGCUGCCUGAGAUGGAGCAAGGAUGGCAGAUAUCUGCACUCUCAGCAGACAAAGAACUCACCAGGGCAACAUGUACUGACUCAGAACACAGCCCCAGCCUGGACCAAGAGGACAGAUGGAGGGACAGUGCCUCCCUGGAUGCAAGGGAAGGCCUGAAUCUCAGGCCAGAGUCUUUUUACAAGGCCACCAGUGAGGCACAAGGAGGCCAAGACAGACAGAAACUAUGGGCUGGGUCCUUGACACGUCCUCUGGAGUCCCAUCCUCAUUUAUGUAAACUUCACCAAGAAAUGGAGCCACCAAUAUUGGCUACUUCAUUGGAAAAUGAUUUGAGGCAAAACUGCUAUUCUGUGUGUGAUAUCAGGAGACUUGGAAGUCCUGAACUGAAUAGGGAUGAUGAGGAAUGUGACGUACAUUAUCCACCUGAAAGCCCUUCCCCCACCUCGGAGGAUGAAGAGUACCUGACGAUCAACUCUGUAUUCGAAGACGAGCUGCCCUGUGCAGACUGUCUGGAGGCAGAUUCAGGGACCAUUCCUUUGCCACAGUUCUGUUCUUGGGGCCCUCUCCCAGAGUCUUUGCUUCUGGAAGGGUCCCAUGAGAGUGACAGUGAAUGGGAAGACCUGGAAGAGCCUGUGGAUACAGAUGAUGGUGGCCUCAGGUGAAUAUAGAGAAUGAUACAGUCUCCUGAGGCAGAAACUGAGGUCUGCGAGGACAUCCUUUGACAGAAGAGCCCACAGAUGAUGGUGGUCCACAAAACAUACCUUCCUGGUCCCUGAGAGGACAACUGAGGGUGGAGCGCCUGGCCCAGUUGUUAAGAGCUCACUUUUAAAACAUCAUGCCUAUCAUUUCCAAGACUCAUUUUGAACGAUUCUUAGCUCUAGGAUUUACAUCAAUCAAAGCUUUGUAUGCAUGAGGAUGGGGUGGCUUCUUCUCAUGAAAGGAGUUGGGAAUAAACCUUUUUCAUCAAGAUUUCAGGGUGCAGUGGUGCACACCUGUAAUCACAGUUACUGUGGGUGGGGAUGCUAAGGCAGGAGGAUCCCAAGUUCAAAGCCAACCUGGGCAGCUUAGCAAGACUCUGUAUCAAAAUAAAAGACUGGUUGUAGCUUAGUGGUAACGUGCUUGUUUAGUGUAUGUGAAGCCCUGCAAUCCCCAGUAAUUAACUGAGGCUCAGUCCCCAGUAUUUGAAAGAAAAAAAAAAAAAAAGUAAGGUAGGGCAAAGUCUUUGCACACUUUCUAGGACAAAUACUAACUUCUAGUUUAAAUUUUUUAGUUUCCUAUUGGUCAAAGGAGUUUCUAUUGUUAUCAAGUACCACCAGUUUGCUGAAAGGAAUCUGCUAAGAAGCUUGAUUCAAAGGCCAUGGGGGAAAUGUGUUUUGAUAUCUAUCUGUAUCCUUCCUAUACAACUUCAUAGUUAUAUACUCUCUUACAGAGACUUUUCCUUUUGUACUUAAACACAAUUCUAAUGAUUAUAUGGAAGAAAAAUAAGAUAGGAACAUCUAAUAAUAAAAAGAGUGAAGUACUAGAUCUAGCAUUGCUAGGUGUUAAAACAUUAACUGUAGUAUUAACAAAUGCACAAAAGAAAUAUAUGUGGCAUAUCACAGUGCAAGCUACAGAACAUACUUGAGGAUAUACCCAGAUCAUACAAUGGGGAAAGAUGAGGCCUAGUGAAGGUCUAAUGUGGAGAAAAGGGGAACAGCCUCAUAGGUACAACUGGAAGAGGGAGAGAUACAGAGGGAGAGAUACAAAGCAACAACAACAAACAAAAAGCAAAUAUGAAGGUUUUAAAAAGGCUGUGCUCUAAAAUCUAAUUUAUGUAUUCUUCUAAUUUGUACAUCCUUGUGUGCUUUUGUUUUUAUUCUUUCUGUUCUCUUCAUGAUUGAGAAGAUUUAUAGAUCAUGACUUGUUCUUCUUUUAAUAAAAAAAGUAGUUUUCCAACCUUA